UUCCGCUGUCUCUAACACAGAGACUCUCAGCUCAGCUCGGUUUCACUGCUGUGAGGAGAGGAAUCAAGAGGAGGAAUCAAACAAACAUCAGCUGACUCCCUCAAAUCACAUGGAGGCUGUUGGACAAGUGCCCUGGGGGAGAUUUGUCUCCACAUAUAGAAAAGACUACGGACCAUUCAGUGAGCGCCACCUACAGGUCAACCAGCCGAGGCACAUAACAGACGUCAGGGCUGCCCCUUCCUUCAUCAACCCACUUCCGACUGGCCUAGACUUCUGGGCUACAUUUUACAAGACAACUAACAGUGUCUACGGCUCACCAGUCUACUCACAGCCUCUCUUGUAUUCCCUCCCUCCCACUCCCCUGCCCCAAUCUGGUGUUCUUGCUACUCAUGAUUUUGGGGCUGUUGACUCCGCCCUGACAGAGGCCAGGACACAGGAUACAGAAGCCGAGAGGGAGGCUUGGCCUGUAGUUGGUGUGGGGGAGAAAGAUCAGCUGCACUAUGUUCUUGGUGGAAAGGUGUCAGAGCAGCAGGAGGCCAAAGGUGACCCUCAGAGAAAGGUUGAGGUUCUUUACGAGGAUGGUGUCAUAGAGUUAUCAUCUCAUGUUUAUCCAGCCUGCUGUAAAGAUCUUGCUAGAUCUACCUGCGGAGAGGCUGGACUACAGUAUCAACUGCACCUUCCUGUGGUUCCUGGUGCAAUUACCACAAUCAAAGGUGCUGAUCAUUUAGAUAUCAGUGCCUUCUUGAGGGGUUUAACAGCCUGUGGACAACAAAACCACACCUUCCUUCAGCCUUUUCCUAGGCAGUGCAGUUGCUGUGCAUGUGAAACCGAGUUCCCCAAUAGCUGUUGCUUUAAGCAACAAACCUUCCCUCUCUGCAUCCAUCAUGGUGGCACACGACCUGUGGCCCCUGUGCAGGCCACAGUCAACUAUAGGGAGCCCAGCAGGAAGCCAUUGUUGACAGAGUACCAAGCCGGUUAUGCUGCUGAGUGGGCCCAGCCUAAUAUCCAGCAGAGUUACUGUGACAAUGUUCGUCUUCUUCAUCAUCAGAUUCUUUGUCAUUCACUCUAAAGCUCAACUUUUGUCUCAAUACACAAAAGAUUCUCAAAAACCU